UCUGUUGCACGGCGUGUGAAACUCCCUCUGUGCUGUUGAAGUCAGUGAUGCAAACACUCUUGUAGCAAUAACAGAGGGUACGUCAAGGGCUUCUGCAGAAAUACAUUAAGAGGCAUGAGCUCACAUCAAAGCUGCUUCAAUUCACAGACGCAGAUGGCAAAACAGGACAUGCAUUACAAGUAUGGUUUGAUUUUUUCUGCUUACAAACUUUGAACAUUGUAAUGUGUGACAAGAACUUACAAUGAUGAGUCUCAUCCUCCAGAUACACAUCACACUCUCAAUUACUGCAAAAGUUUUUGCUGUUAUCACAAUAUAAGCACAGAAAAGUUGUAAGUUACAACUGCUGCUCAUUACACUUUGCUUUUCCACACGACAUCUGUGCCUGCCUUUGUUUAUCUAAUUCUUAUGACCUUGGCCAACACGCAUUCUUCCAUUCAAGAUGCCCCUCACCUCCCCCUUCUCCUUCUGAUCCUCCAAUGAAAUCUGCAGCGAUCUCCUUACGUCAGCUACAUUGCAGGACCUCUGUGCUCCUCCAGCAUUAUAUUCAGGCCCUAUCUUCUCCUGCGUUCAUUAGUGCCAGAGGUAGAGGUGACAAGAACGGUCACACAUUCUCAAAGUGAUAAAAUACACAACGGAUGGCGCUGCAGGGAAUUAGUUACUUGUGGAAACGCUAACAAACUAAAGUGCAUGCGAUAGAGUCUUAAGAGUGGAGUUUGGUGCAGUGCACAAUUUAUAUUCAGCUGUAUAUUGAUUAAAUCUGUAUGCCCCCAUGGGAAGGAGUAUUGAGCAUCGUGACUGUAGGCUGGAUUUUAAUUCUAUCCUCUGCAUUUUAAAUGGCUUUCUGCACCAUGUAGUUACAACUUAAGUAACCUACCUCAGCUUUUCCUAUAAAAAAAGUUUACGUUUGAGGUUGUUAAAAGUAAUAGCUAAAUACAUUUCUUGGUGACACAGUUUGCAUUCAGAGCAACAUAAGGAAGGCAUCUAUUCACACAUGUGGAGAAAGGCAUGUGGGAUAAAGCGUCCUGUCCUUGUCCAGCACUGAUGCCUUUAAAGGACACUUAGUGAACCCUACAGAUUUGUUAAAGUCAAUCUUUUGAAUUACUGUUCUGUGUCCGUAACUAAUGAAUAUGUGUUCUAGCUUUGUGUUACAUGUUUACAAAUGUUGUUUGCUUUAAAAAAAAAUCUUGGAGUGUCUUAGUUUUGACACUAGCGAGUACUGCAGCAUUUGAAUGAGCUGUGUUUUAAAAAUACUUUCAUUAUGUUGGCAAAAAAGCAAAAAAUACUAUUUUAAAACUACACUUUUAAAAGUAUGAAUGCAAACACUGCCAAUAGCCCUGUCAUCCUCACACAAAAAUACCUCUCUGUACUUUACCUUUUUGCACAAAAUGAGGAAAAGAGGGCAGACAAUUUGGUUUAGUGCAAAGCAUAUUACCUGGAAAAAGGGGGGGGAAAGGGCAGUUUGGUGGUCAAGACAAAUAUUAACUUCAAAGUUAAUAAGCUUUUAGCGAAUUGCCGUUCUGGGGGUUAUUUAUGACUGACUACACACUCACAAGCUUUUUAUUGACAACAGAAAAUUUGUUAACCUAAAUAAAAUGAAAAUUUACCUGCUUUUUCUAAUUUAUUUGACCAUGCGCUGAUCUGCUGCCUAAACUUGUGUUAUUAUUUAGAUUAAAAUAAUGAUAAUUUAAAACAACCCAAGCAAUAAGUGUCCCCUGUUAGUCAAUAAACAUGUUCACCUAAUGUGAAAUUUAAAAGGCUUCUCGCAAUCAAUGCAUUAAUUUAAACCAGAUUUAGUUUAUCUAACGUAUAGGCUAAUAAUAAAUUUAAAAAGUGUAAUUAUAACAAGUUACAUGAAAAAACAUUAACAAUUGUCGACGGUCCACUUCAGGAAUAUCUAAUUACAUUGAUAUUUAUUAAUCGAUGACAAAAUAACAGUCGCCUUAAUUACUCGGGUCCUAAAACUGGAUAAUGAUAUGUUCACCGCAAUCUGAUAAAGCGUCUUCGGCGUGUUUUCUCCAUCUUCAACGACGCGCUGGAAUGGCGCUUCGUGUUGCUGGAUAUCACUGCUGCUGCUCCUGCUGUGGGCAGCCUCUCUGCUCUGCAUCCCUGCUCUCCUCCUCCUCCUCUCCCCCCGCGGAUAAACCGGAAUGGUUUCUUCCAGGCGAACCUGUCACUGUCGCCGCGGCGGAGCAGGCAGCCGAAGUGUGAGCGCAGGGGGGGGGGCAGGCUUCAUCCACUGCCUGCCAUUGCAGUGCGGCGGCUGCUGCUGCUCUGGAGCCACACCAGAGAGACCCCUUUCCUUUUAUGUGAGAUUUUAACAAGCACGCCGAGAGGACCAUUGCUUUCACGAAGAGUGCAGCAAUGGAGGAGACAGUCAUUUGGGAACAGCACACAGUAACACUACACAGGGCACCAGGGUUUGGCUUUGGGAUAGCCAUUUCAGGUGGACGGGAUAACCCUCAUUUUCAGAGUGGUGAGACCUCCAUUGUCAUCUCAGAUGUGCUGAAAGGAGGCCCCGCAGAAGGCCUACUGCAGGAAAAUGACAGAGUCGUUAUGGUCAACGCUGUCUCCAUGGAUAAUGUGGAGCACGCGUACGCUGUUCAGCAGCUUCGUAAAAGUGGGAAGCUCGCCAAAAUUACAAUCAGGCGCAAGAGGAAGGUGCACGUCCCCAUGGGCCGCCUGGGAGAGAGGGAGACUAUGUCAGAGCAUGACGAGGAGGAGGAUAGCUACGACGAAGAGAUAUAUGAAACGAGAAGUGGACGCAGUGGCGCGUACAGCGGUGUGGGCGGCGCUAUGGGCAGGCGCAGUGGGCGGAGCGGCGGUCGCAGGGACAGGGAACGUGAACGCAGCGGCUCACGGGAAAGAAGUCUCUCCCCACGCUCAGACCGCCGCUCGCACAACCUGCCCCCACGGCCCGCCAAGGUCACUCUCGUGAAAUCCCGCAAAAAUGAAGCAGAAUAUGGCCUGCGCCUGGCCAGCCACAUCUUUGUCAAGGACAUUUCCCCUGAGAGCCUGGCAGCCAGGGAUGGCAACAUCCAGGAGGGGGAUGUUGUACUGAAGAUUAAUGGCACCGUGACAGAGAACCUCUCUUUGAUUGAUGCCAAGAAGCUGAUAGAAAGGUCAAAGGGCAAGCUAAAAAUGGUGGUUCAGAGGGAUGAGAGAGCGACCCUGCUGAACAUCCCUGACCUCGAUGACAGUAUUCCCUCAGCCAACGCUUCUGACAGAGAUGACAUUUCAGAUAUCCAUUCUCUGGCAUCCGACCAUUCCAAUCGAUCACAUGACAGACAUCGUAGCAGCCGCUCCCGCUCUCCAGAUAGACGAUCUGAACCCUCAGACCACUCCCGACAUUCACCUCCACAAAUCAGCAAUGGCAGUCACAGAAGUCGUGACGAUGAACGGGCCUCAAAGCCGGCUUCAACACCAGCGAAGCUAGCGGAGGAGGUACCUCUGCCCAAACCGAAGGAGUCAGGAGGCAGAGAGGAGAAACAGCUCCCACCCCUCCCAGAACCCAAGCCAGUCUAUGCUCAGCCCGGACAGCCAGAUGUAGACCUGCCUGUCAGUCCUUCUGAUGCUCCUGUGCCAACUACUGCCCAUGAUGAUAGCAUCCUACGGCCAAGCAUGAAGUUGGUGAAGUUCAAAAAGGGGGAGAGUGUGGGUCUGCGGCUGGCUGGGGGGAACGACGUGGGCAUCUUCGUAGCUGGAGUGCUGGAAGAUAGUCCAGCCGCUAAGGAGGGCCUAGAGGAGGGCGACCAAAUUCUCAGGGUAAAUAAUGUUGACUUUGCAAACAUAAUCCGAGAGGAGGCGGUGCUCUUCCUCCUGGACCUUCCUAAGGGUGAAGAGGUCACCAUUCUAGCCCAAAAGAAGAAAGAUGUAUACCGGCGGAUUGUGGAAUCAGAUGUUGGUGACUCUUUCUACAUCCGGACACACUUUGAGUAUGAGAAGGAAUCGCCGUAUGGUUUGAGCUUUAACAAGGGCGAGGUGUUCCGUGUGGUGGACACCCUCUACAACGGCAAAUUAGGCUCCUGGCUGGCUAUUCGCAUUGGCAAGAACCAUCAGGAGGUGGAGAGGGGCAUCAUCCCCAACAAAAACAGAGCAGAGCAGCUCUCCAGUGUGCAAUACACUCUCCCCAAAACAGCAGGUGGAGAUAGGGCUGACUUCUGGAGGUUCCGUGGUCUUCGCAGUUCAAAGAGGAACCUGAGGAAGAGCCGAGAGGAUCUUUCUUCACAGCCAGUCCAAACAAAGUUCCCAGCUUAUGAAAGAGUUGUGCUGAGAGAGGCUGGCUUCCUAAGACCGGUUGUAAUAUUUGGACCUAUUGCUGAUGUUGCUCGUGAAAAGCUUUCCAGAGAAGAGCCAGAUCUUUUUGAGCUUGCAAAGAGUGAACCGAGAGAUGCAGGAACAGACCAGCGUAGUUCAGGAAUAAUUCGUCUUCACACUAUCAAGCAGAUCAUCGACAGAGACAAACAUGCUGUACUGGACAUCACUCCAAAUGCUGUGGACAGGCUGAACUAUGCUCAGUGGUACCCGAUUGUAGUCUUCCUAAAUCCCGAUAACAAACAGGGUGUGAAGAACAUGAGGACCAGGUUGUGUCCAGAGUCCAGGAAGAGUGCCAGGAAGCUCUAUGAGCGAGCCAUUAAACUGAGGAAGAAUAAUCACCACCUGUUCACCACAACCAUCAACUUGAACAAUAUGAACGAUGGUUGGUAUGGAGCGCUAAAGGAAACCAUCCAGCAACAGCAGAACCAGCUGGUGUGGGUGUCAGAGGGCAAGGCGGAUGGUACUACAGAGGAUGACUUGGAUAUCCAUGAUGACCGCUUGUCCUACCUUUCAGCACCAGGUAGUGAAUACUCAAUGUAUAGCACAGACAGCCGCCACACUUCUGACUAUGAGGACACAGACACAGAAGGUGGAGCAUACACAGACCAGGAAUUAGAUGAGACUUUGAAUGAUGAGGUGGGUCUGCCCACGGAGCCUGCCAUCACCCGCUCCUCAGAGCCUGUGCGAGAAGAUCCUCCUGUAAUUCAGGACACCCCUGGUUACCCUGGAUACCAGCACCCCGUGCAGCCUGACCCAGCCAAUCGCAUAGACCCUGCUGGGUUCAAGAUGGCUGCUCCGCAGCAGCAAGGUGAGGCUGCUGUGCCCAUGCCCUCGUUGCCUCCGACGUCGGUAGCAACCCCUGCUGCUGAGCAGUCUGUACAGCUAGAGGGUGUGCACCUAGAGGAGCCGCCUGCUGCAGCCGCAGCUCCUCAGGCUGACUCACUUAGCAGCCCCAGCCCUGCCCCUGAGCUUAUUCAGCCCCCACCACCACCACAUGAACCCCACCCGUCUGGACUGCCUGGUCCAGAACCAAAGAUGUACAAGAAAGAUCUUUACAAUAUGGAGGACCCUGUGCGAAUCAACCAUAGCCUAAAGCAGUCUAUGAGCUAUAGUCACCAGCCGCCGUACCAGGACAAACAGCCAUACCGCGAAUACGACCACCCGCCUUACGGAUAUGAUGGAGGCGGCUACACGGAACCAAAGCCUCACAACACUGAUUCUCACCUGCACUACGACAACCGUGUGCCUCAUUACAACGAACAGUGGCCCCCCUAUGACCAGCAGACCUCGUCCUCCCAGCCCGCAGGGUACCAGCCGGGCCACCAGCAACCCAUGGGCUACAAUCCCCGGUCCCCCUAUGAGGAUGGACCGGGAAGGGACUACAGCCCCCCUCAGCCACGCUAUGAUGAGGCCCCACCAGUGGGCUAUGAUGGCAGACCUCGCCACAGUAAACCUGGACCGCUUCGUUACGAUGAGCCCCCUCCACCACCUCUCCCUCCGGCAGGCUACGAUGCACGUUCCCCAUAUGAAGCAGAGACCCACAGCUUCCCCAUUAACUCCCCUCGAUCACCAGAGCCUUCGAAGCAGUAUUAUGGUGACUCUGGUCUGAGGUCGACCUACAUGCCUGGGCCUCCAAACCGGGGUUUUAAGCCAGGGAUGCAUGAUGCUAUGAGAAACUCUGAACCCACCAUUCCUCCACCUAAACCAGAGGCCCUGCCCUCCCCAGGCGAUCCAGCAAUCACCCCAGGGUCCAAACCUCCUCCACCUCCACCCCAGGAAGACCUGGAUGAGGACCCAGCCAUGAAACCACAGUCAGUGCUCAACAGGGUCAAGAUGUUUGAGAAUAAACGGUCGGUUUCUAUGGACAGGGCUAAAGAGGGAGGUGAUUCAUCAGUACUCCGGCCUGCAGAUAUUCCUAAGCCUGUGAUAGCACCUGGACCAGUCCUUAAAGCCAAUUCCCUCAGCAACCUAGAGCAGGAGAAGUCCUCCUAUAGGGCUCCUGAACCACAGAAGCCCCACACCAAGCCCCUGGAUGAUGUAGUCCGUUCCAACCACUAUGACCCAGAUGAGGAUGAGGAAUACUACAGAAAGCAAUUGUCCUACUUUGAUCGUCGCAGCUUUGACAGCAAGGCCAUGGGCCAGCCCGCUCCUGGCAUUAACCGCUUCCAUGAUCUGCCCAAACCACCUCAGCUAUCCUACCCAUACAACAGAGUUGAGUCUGUGGAGAAAGUGAGUCCAGUGGAAAAAAGAUAUGAUCCUCUGCCACAAAUCAGUCCCUCUUCACAGUAUGGGCCCCCGGCCUCUGCCAUUCCACCCGCCACACUCCCCAAACUCAGUCCUGGCGAUGCUAACUCCGUACCUGAACCAUUGACCUCACCCAAUCCUAAACCUGAGCUGACAACUCUUAGGCCGACCAGUAGGGAUGAACCCACACCGGGCAGUUACCUGCCCCCGAGGGGCCUUCCCGACAAAUCCCCGGUCAAUGGCACUGAUGCAGCACCCCCAAAAACCCUGAGCACUCCUGCACCAACUAGCUAUAACCGCUACGUCCCGAAGCCUUACACCAGUGCAGCCCGACCCUUUGAGCGCAAGUUUGAGAGUCCCAAGUUCAACCACAAUCUGCUGCCCAAUGACACACAGGUGAAGACGGACCUCCUCAGCAAGCCCAGUGUGGUGAGCAACAGUAGUGGGAAACCUCAGUUGUCACCGCAGCCCCUUGAUCACGACAGUGGCCUAGACACUUUCACACGCACUAUAGACAACAGGCCCAAAUACCAGCACAAUAACAUCAACGCCAUUCCCAAGGCCAUCCCUGUAAGCCCCAGUGCACUGGAUGAUGACGAUGAAGAUGAAGGGCACACAGUGGUGGCCACUGCCCGUGGAAUAUUCAACUGUAACGGAGGGGUCCUGAGUUCUAUUGAGACGGGCGUCAGCAUCAUCAUCCCCCAGGGUGCGAUCCCGGAGAGUGUCGAGCAGGAGAUUUACUUCAAGGUGUGCCGGGACAACAGUAUCCUGCCCCCCCUCGACAAGGAGAAAGGAGAAACGCUGCUUAGUCCGCUGGUGAUGUGUGGCCCACAUGGACUCAAGUUCCUGAAGCCGGUGGAGCUGCGCUUACCUCACUGUGCGUCAAUGACCCCUGAUGGUUGGUCUUUUGCUCUAAAAUCCUCCGACUCCUCGUCGGGUGAUCCCAAAACUUGGCAGAACAAAUCUCUCCCUGGAGACCCAAACUACCUGGUGGGUGCAAACUGUGUGUCUGUGCUCAUUGACCACUUCUGAAGAGGGCAACAGCUGGCCUGUUACUGAAUGUGAUAAAGCAGGGGACCCGAGUCUCCCCUGCCGUGCCCACUCCGCGGUGCAAAAUGCUUGAUGAAGUAUGAACUCAAACUCACGUUGUUUACUGUGCCCAAAAUUUAAAAAAACUUAAAAAAACACACACAAGGAGAGUCAGAGUCCAGCAUCCCCAAGGCUGUACUCCUCCUUUCUUUUCUUUCUUUCUUUUUUUUUGGUUUGGUGCUUACAAGGCUUGCAAAAAAUAAAGAUGAAAACGUUAUUUAAACAAAAGGAACUGGAGUUGGAAUGCAUGACCAGUGCCACAGACUGAAUAAUCACAUUUUGACAUUUUUAGCUAAUUUUGUAAAAGUUCAGAGCGGUGGAGGAGGUAAAAACAAAACAAAAGAGGAUAAUUUUGAAAACUUGUUUAAUAUUGCAGUUUGAUUUUUGCAUACUGUAAAAAUAAAAACAAAAAUAAAACAACUCACAAACAGCAAAGUUUGUAUAUGCAAAACUUUUGUUUGUGAGUUCUGUGGUCAUGCGUUUCACUCAUGAUGGAUCUCUGAGGACUUGAGAAAUUGCUCAGCGUGACUCAUGAAGACGUAGGCAUCAUCGAGAUUUAAACAAAAAAAAAACUAAUGAAGAAUGAAGGUUAAGUAUUAGUAUCAGACACCCGCUCGUCCAGCGGGGUUCUCUCUGUUUCAAACGUGUUUUUUGUAGAAAUGUUUUACCGUAGAUAAAUAUACUGACUUGAUUUUACAAACUCCUGCUGUCUAGAGAUCUAUGCAUGUGCUAUGACUCAGGUUCAGAAGCCUGCUACUACUAAGUUCAACACAUGAGAAAUCCCAUCGUACACUGCAAGCAGUGAUGCCUUAUCUGCAUAUUAACUUUUCAGUGAAACUUUAAAACAUCGGUUCCUUCAGUUGUAGCGAUCACUACGGAAGAAGCAGAAGAAGAAGAAAAAGAAGUUGUCGUCGUUGUCUCUGCAUUUUCUCCUAAAAACGGUGAACUCGGAUUUAGCACACGAGAAUAAUUGAGACUGAUGAAAAAGGUAUGCUUUCUUUUACUGCUAUGCAUAUGAAGUCUGAGGAAAUACAAAAAAACAAAACAACAAGCUAGAAGAUGUUUAAGUUGUGGCUGUACAUAAUGCUAGCAUAUGGCCUUGGUUCUCUGUAAAUGAACUUUUGUACAUCUUUGUUAUUUUGUAUAAAAGAGAAAACGUUUGUUUAAAAAAGAGAAAGCGGUUACAUUGGUUAUGUUUGUAUUCUGGUUAUACCCCUGAGCCUUGGAACUGACAUAAGCAGUAAUAAGUCCGACUUUUCUACCAACGUAUACAAACACGUACACACAUUACAAACAUACACACUACUUAAGGCAUUUUUAACUGUCAGAAAACUUUUUAUUCUUAUUUACAAAAUAGAGAAGUGCUCGGUUUAAAUGAUUUUAAAAGACGUAUUUGAGGGGGGCUGCUGUGAAGAGUGGUCCCUUCCUUUCUUUGUGAUACUGGAUGCUGUAUUGUGUGCCCUGAAAUGUAUUUUUGUACUAAGACAAUUUAUUAUGGCACAUCAGUACUAUUUUUCUUUUGAUAUGACAACACUGCUUCAACCCGACACUAGUUUUUUGGUUUUUUUCCCCGUGUGGCUGACAUUCUUUUUAUUUAUUUUGAUUUUACUUUCAUUUGUUUUCCUUUGCAACACAUUUCUAAGUAUACCACUGUAUUACUAAAUAAAUUCAUUUAUAAAGUAAACGCU